AUGUUGCGCCAUACCCGGAGGAUCCUGAUCGCCCAGGCCCCGGCGCCGGUGGUGCUGGCGCCGCAGACGGUGCUGAACGCCGUCAGCGGCGUCCGCCACUUGGUCGCCGAGCCCGAGCUCGAGACCCCCGUCUUCGAGCCCUUGGGCCACCCGGCGACGGCGUGUCUGGUAAACAGCCCCCCCUCCGUUCCCUUGUUUAUCCGCCGGGGCGGCCUCUUGGGGGUCUACGGCGACCACAUCGCCAACGUCCGCUCGAGAACUCAGUGGAUCCGCCAGGGCGUCGUGUGGCGACUGCCCUACCAGCGGCUCGUGCUGACGACUCCCUUUUCGGUGCUUGUGGCGCCGCCAGCGGCCGACCAGCUGUACGCGUGUAUUGUUCUCGACGGACAGGUGGACUGGGCGGUGCUUCGCCCGGCGCUGGUGUCUGUUUACACGGGAAAUGCCCUUUUCACUCAGAAUAAACCGGUGCCGAAACAGUGGCGCCAGUGGGGGGCCUACACCCACGUGAGCGGCCGGGGCCAAGUGGGGCUCGCUGGCUUCGGUACCGUGUACCGUAUAAACGUCGGUGACGGCGAGAAGAUGACGAUUAACCGCAAUAACUUGCUUGCGGUGACGGUGCUGGGCCCGGAAGACCUUGGCCAGUGCGUGAAACGGUUUACCCUUGAAGAGGACCAUUUGGACGGGACACAGGCGACGCUGGUGGUGAAAGUGGCACCUCCCAAGACCGGGUUGAGAGCCUAUAUCCCCGAAUUACCUCCCGUCCCCCCUGCUCUCAUUAGGGCGUGGCAGUGGGUCACCGGUGCCGCUAACGCUGCUGGGGCUCAAGCCCUGCUGUGGCUUGCGGGAACUGACGACUUUGUUGAAGUUUACGGUCCCCGUACCCUUCUCGUUCAGCUGGGGAAUAAACUGAGCCAGCCUACAGUCAACUUCUCUAGGGGUACUGUGGCCAAUCCGAUCGCCCUGCCGCCCAGGAUUGCCCCCGAACCUAGAGACUACUUAAAUGUCGUCACCAUUCAACCCCUGGGGGUCAACAUCGAGCUGAAGGACUCGUUCGCCGACGAAGCCGCCCGCCAGGCUAAAAAACCCCGUACAUAG